UUUGGAUAACCAUGUGGGUCGUCUUAUAAGCAUAAAGGGGCGUAGAAGGCAAAUAUCCCUGACAUGACUACCUGGCUGUACGGUGACGGGUGACUCAAGGGUCCGCUUCUCCAUCAGGUGCAAACCAGAACACGAUGGAUGUGGUUUUGAACUUGGCAGAUUACUAUGUGCUCACACCGUAUGUGUACCCGGAUGAUUGGCGGGAAGAUGACCGCACGCGACAGCUCCUCAGCCUGCUGGUUAUCGCCAAUGUAGGAGGCUUCCUCAUUUACCUGAUCACAGCCGUAUUGAGCUACUACCUCAUCUAUGACCAUCGCUUCAAGAAACAUGUGCAUUUUCUAGAGAACCAAGUGCAGCGUGAGAUUCUCUGUGCGGUGAACAGCUUACCUUUAAUGAGUAUCCCUACCACAGCCAUGUUCUACUUGGAGGUGAGAGGUUACUCUAAGCUUUAUGACAAUGUGCAGGACACAGAGGCAGGAUGGUAUGGUGUUGUGGGGAGCGUAUUUGCCUUCAUCCUCUUCACAGAUUUUUGUGUGUACUGGAUCCAUCGCUUCCUUCACCACAAAAUGGUUUACAAGCAUCUUCAUAAGACCCAUCACAAGUGGAAAAUCCCUACGCCAUUUGCAAGCCAUGCCUUCCACCCAAUUGACGGAUUCUUGCAGAGCUUCCCAUACCAUCUCUACCCCUUCAUCUUUCCUCUUCACAAGUUUACAUACUUGGGUCUCUUUAUUUUUGUCAAUAUUUGGUCGGUUUCCAUCCAUGACGGAGAUUAUCGGGUUCCUGAUUUUCUCAAACCUGUGAUAAAUGGCUCGGCCCAUCACACUGAUCACCAUACGCAGUACAACUACAACUACGGCAUGUACUUUACGUUCUGGGACCGUAUCGGGGGGUCAUUUAGGAUUCCUAGCUCUUUCACAGGUUGUGGACCACUGGAUGACGUCAAAAAGAAAGAAAUGGAGGCUGAUAGCAAGAACUUCCGUGCAGGCAAAAGUGGCAAGAAACUCAAUUAAGAGCAAAUGAGAUCACAGAAAUUACUCCUUCUGUCAUUUACUUGCACAAGAAGAGAAUGUGUAAGAGCUUUAUAAGAUGUUUUGGUAGUGCCCACCGUGCCUCAGAGUGUAACACUGCUGAUAGUGUCCACCUUGCCUCAGAGUGUAACAUUCCUAAUGGUGUUUGUGAUGGUGUUUAGUGUUAUCACUACACAUAUCAUUCUUUCUUGGCUUCCUGGUGCCCAAAUUAAAUAUAUAUUUAAACACUCAUCCAUGCUAUUUUACAUCUAUUUUUGUCAUGAUUUUAUCAGAUUGAGUAUCAAACAAUACGCAUGUUUAAAUCAAACUAGACCAUCAGUGCUAAUUAAAUCAGUUUUAUGUGGGUAUUGUUAAAUCAAGCCACCAACUCUAUGUUAGUCUUUAUAUUUGUGCUUUAUAAUAGUGCCCAAGGUAACUUGGCAGAGUGACUGUAGUAGAUGACCUAGACCUGUCUUUUCCCAAGUUAGCUUGGCAGAGUGACUGUAAUAGAUGACCUAGACCUGUCUGUGCCUAAGUUAACUUGGCAGAGUGACUGCAGUAGAUGACCUAGACCUGUCUGUGCCCAAGUUAACUUGGCAGACUCACUGUAGUAGAUGACCUAGACCUGUCUGUGCCCAAGUUAACUUGGCAGAGUGGCUGUAGUAGAUGACCUAGACCUGUCUGUGCCCAAGUUAACUUGGCAGACUCACUGUAGUAGACACUGUGAUCUGUGACCAAGGCUUGUCUGUGUGCAUGUUAACUUGAUACAAAAAAUGGGGUAGUCACAUUGUUGUGCCUUUAUAUUUAUCUCUUUAUUGUAUAAAUUUGUAGGUGGGUCAUUGCUGGUAGAGACACUGUGGUCUAUGACCUAGACCUGUCUGAGUGCUUGUUGACUUGGUAGAAACAAUGUAGUAGAUGACUUAGGCAAGGCUGUGCACAAGUUGAUUUGACAGAGAGAUCGGUAGAUGACUCCGGCAAUGCUGUGCACAAGUUGAUUUAAUAGAGAGACUAGUAGAUGACUCAGGCAAGGCUGUGCACAAGUUGAUUUGACAGAGAGACUGGUAGAUGACUUCGGCAAGGCUGUGCACAAGUUGAUUUGACAGAGAGACCGGUAGAUGACUCAGGCAAGGCUGUGCACAAGUUGAUUUGACAGAGAGACUGGUAGAUGACUCAGGCAAGGCUGUGCACAAGUUGGGCCUUACUAUGCAU